AUGUCACCUGCUGUUAUUACCAACAUGCAGCCGGAUCUGCACCAUGACCAGCUCGAGGCCGUCGGCGAAGCCUUCGAUGCACUCCUACUAACCGUGUACCGGCUGACUCACAGACAAAAUGAGCUGUUUCAGCACAUGGAUAAUGUCUUCAAACAGUACACAGAUGUGAUAGAAAUUCUGCCUCCUCAAGAUAGACAUCGUGCCUUUGACGUUCAGAACAAGCUGCUCGCGCAGCAAGAAGAAUACCGUCAGGGCCUCGUACACAACAAGCCUCGAGUUGAGGAACAACCGUUGAAUUCCAUGGAUGUAAUCAAGACCCUCGUUGCACAUCAAAAUGUAGACGAAAAUACUUUCUUGGCCAUUAAGAAUGGAGUCAAAGGAUGCAAAUCUCUGCUCCGUUCUCAAGAUAACCUCUCCCAAAUAUCCUCCAACUCGUGCAUCCUCGCGCAAGCACCGGCUCCAGCAAUCGCGCUGGAGAAGGACUUCACAACGAAUGGCACCCAGGGAAAUCUACAUUGCCCCUUCUCCAAACCGAAUAAGAUGCAGAGUGCAAAUGCUAGUGAGGCCCCUAGUGGGAAAAAUUUAGCGCCGAAGGUCCAUAUUGAAGCCACCUGCGGCCACGAGCAUCUGGACCCAAUCAAGGCUGAACUCGAAGACCGACACUCUAGCCACACCCCAUCAGUCCCGUCAUCGAAAGGAGGAUGUCCCGUCUCCCGAUGCCCGAUCCGAUUCCUCGAUCAACACUCCCCCGAAGAAAUCGCCGAAUACGUCGAACGACACAAACAUGAGAUCCCCCGCAGCCACGCAAUUUGCGUCAAGCGUUAUCAGCGAAACCCACAAGACAUGAGACAACUGGACGCCAAAUACGGCGGCCUGACCAGCAUGAUCGCUGGCUUAGGUGUCAAGCACCAAGCCUUCUUGCCCGACCGUCAUACCAACGGCGAAGGCCACUCCUCGCAUUCUGCGUCGAGUGAGCGUGUUGAGAAAUGGGCUGAGAACGUGGACCCCAGUACACUAAGUGCCAAGAAUGAGGAGAGCGAGGAGAAGAACGAAGAGAAUAAGAAUGAGGAUGAUAACCGCCAGAGUCACUUCGACCGUCCUCUCCGUGAAGUCCGCGUGGGUGAAUCCCCAAGCAGGCCUUGGGGCAUUUCAGUGCCGGUCACACAUCUACCUUCUACCUCAGCGCCGUUCUCUGAUUCGGCGUCUAUCCCCACAUCUCCCGACCCCCAAGCCGACAAACCUGAUAAACCCACCGAUGUCAACGUCCUUGAUGCCAAGCCCGCCGACGGCUGUCCAUUCGGUCACGGCAAACCAAAGCCUGAAGCUUCAAAGCCCGAAAUGGAAACACCUUGGAGUGAUGAGAGGCCCAAGGACAAUGACGUUGCUGCACCAAAGAAAACCGGUUGUCCAUUCAGCCACAAUCAAUCGAAGGCCGAAGUUCCAAAGCCUGAAACUGAGACCCCCGGACUGGUGAGUGGCCGAAGACCUGGCCCAAGGAUGCUGUCGCAGAUCAAGUGCCUGCUCCCCAAGUUGACCCGACUGUUCCUGUGA